AUGGCCGCCCAUACAGAGGAGAGGCAAGGAAGGCCUUUCAUAGACCCUGAAACAGAGCCGAAGCAUGCGUUUUUGCAAUACUUCGAUGCAGAGGAGAAGGCCCAAAUGUUGCGCAUUCUGCGGUGUUUGUACAUCUUGUGGUUCUUCAAUGUCGCCGCGACCGUUGCAAGUUUUGCCCUUGGACUGACGAUUACUUUUCAUCCUUUUGCCCUUAAUGGUGCCUUUAACUGGCGCGUCGUGCACACUGGUUGCAACGUGCUCCUUCUGGCUCUGGCAGUCGGCCUCGGACUGGCGGGAGCACACAAGGGCAGCACCAGUCUGCUCUAUCAGUCAGGUGUGGCACACGUCCUUCUCUCCAUUUCAUCCUUGCUUCCUUUUUUCGGAAGCCUUUCGGUCCUCCUUCUCGUCUCCGGGGAGUCGAGGGGAGACACCCCCGCAGACAAAGACUUCAGCCGCCAACUCAUCACCGCCCUGGGGGGCACGGGAGGCGUCUCUGCCGUCGUUUCUCUGAUGUGCGGUGAGUUCAGAGGCAACCAGCGUCACUGUGUUUCCCGCUUUGCGGCAACGUUGCAGGCCUCCCCCCAACCGCCGUGGAAGAAACGAUCCCUUCCCUCAGCCUCUGCUCUGUGUCUGCUGCGUUGCGGUGCUGCAGCGCUAGAGGUAAGGGCCGUCUCUCGGCUCUUGUGGGAGGUGAUGCCUCCCAAGGCACCCGGAAUAUUCUAG